CGCUGGCUGCCUUCGCCCCAAGUCCGUCCCCGACUACUACAUGCUAGAAUGUCCUGAUCCAACAGUGUCCGGUUCGAUCCUCCUCACAUCCUCCUCGGUCGCCCAGCAUCCGCCCGCUGGGGACACAUACGCCCAUCAUGCAGUUCGCCUUGCCUCCGCGGAGGACUCCGAUCGCCCCUCCGUACGCUCGGUCGUCCCGAUUCUCACUUCAGCGCAGAAAGCAGCUCAAAGCAGUGGCCAUCCUGGGAUUGGCCCUCCUUACGGUCUUCUUCCUCCUCUCCCAGUUCUUCUACUCAAGUACAGGGGCCCCCGCCGUACCAGCAGGAACCGCCAGUGUCGUGAUCGUCACCGUUCUAGACCGGGCGGGUUUCAGCGACGAUUACAUCCAGAAGAUCGUCAAGAACCGCGAGGAUUAUGCUAAGCGACAUGGUUAUACGAACUUUUUCGCCAAUGUAUCUGACUACGAAACCGCUCUCGACGAAGCCCCGAAGUCCUGGGCCGUCGUCCCAGCCGUCCGUCACGCAAUGGCCUCCCACCCGUACUCGAAGUACUUCUUCCACCUAGACGCGCACUCCCUGAUCAUGAACCCGAGCAAAUCGCUCGAAUCGCAUGUGCUGGAGAAGACUCGUCUCGAAUCCCUCAUGCAGAAGGACGUUUCCGUCGUGCCCCCCGAUAGCAUUAUUAAGACCUUCUCGCACCUUCAAGCCCAGGAUGUCGAUCUCAUCAUCACCACCGACGAGGAGGAUCUGAGUCCCGGUAGUUUCAUCCUGCGACAGGGCGACUUUGCCAAAUAUUUUCUCGAUUUCUGGUUCGACCCUCUAUACCUGAGCUAUAACUUCGCGAAGGCCGAAACCCAUGUUCUGGAUCACAUUGUUCAAUGGCACCCGACCAUCUUGGCAAGAUUGGCUCUCAUCCCGCAACGAAUCAUCAAUUCGUAUAGCAAGGAUUCACCCGGGGCUGCCGUGGACGGCAUCUACAAGGACGGUGAUUUUGCCAUUCGCUUCCUUGGCUGUGACACCGAUACGAAGCGGAGCUGCGAGAAGGAAGUGGAGCCGUAUUAUCGUCUUUGGAUGGGCAAGCUGAAAAAUGAAUAGUCUUCCUUUCCCUUUACUUUUCUAUUUUACCCCUUUGAACUUGGAGGUCAAAUGUCCACCUAGAUACCUAGGGAGUUUUGGGUCCGCUUUUCCAGAACCAAUCGGUGUUUUGGGAGUUUGUGGAUUGGUCGGGGAUUAAUUAUCAUGUAUUAUGUAUUAUGUACUAUUCAUAUAGAAGCGAGCGCAUUGACUAAUUGGAUAUCCGGUGGAUGGCUGCUGCAUGAACUGAUCCC